AGCCUAUGAUAUGACCGAUACGAGCCAUAAUUCCAUAUGUGACCCUAUACCGCUCAUAUCUCACAUCGUCCUUGAGGAUCAUCGUAUGCGCAUAUAUUUCUAUAGAUCACAUUUCCUUGAGACCGUCCACACUCUUCCACAGCAUCUCAAAAUUAAUUUUUUCCUCGUCAGCACAGUUCAAGGCCAUGACCUUUUCGAAAUUUGGUCGACGGUAAUGCGUUGUUAUUGUUCCGAUCAAGGUUUCACUCACAUUGCCGCCUUUACGCUCUUUAUCGUGCUGCCGAAGUACUAGCCUUGAUGGAUGUCAACCGUUCCCAAAUUGACCUUCUUACGUGGGCAGUUUCUCUGCAAGCUUUACGUUGACAUGUCCAGACCAGCAUAUCAGUUCCUUUCCGUCCAUCCCCCAUGAGCAUUCGAGACUUAUGCAUUAACUGCUAGGUUUCCGCCAUGCACACUUGGGCUAGAGCUUUUUUACUCAUCUUCCUGUCAAGCCGCUCACCACAUUUCCACUAUUUAAUCCGCAAUCCUUUUAAGCUACUCUCUCAUUAGAUCACGCCUUAAUCAGUAUCUCAGUUUUGUAAAUGACUGCGAAGUAUCCCAUCCCUCAUAGUGACCAGUUCCUUGCCCUCUCCUGCACAAAUGUUGGAGUUGGUCCCGGUGGCACCACUGCAAUGUUAGCGCGCGUGUCUAUAGUCAACUACAAAGGUGAUGUUGAACUCGACGUAUAUGUUAUCCCGACGAUGCCAGUCAGCGAUUAUCGUACCUCGACGACUGGUAUUGAAUCUGUACAUCUUCUUCCUCCAUGUGCGAGUAGAUUUGAUAUUGUUCAGCAGCAUGUUGCGAACCUCAUCAAAGGCAAAGUGCUGGUUGGUCAUAGCCUUUGGAACGACCUUGCUGUUCUCGGUAUUCCUCACCCUGCUGUAACAACACGUGAUGUUGCUCUUUAUCAGCCUUUUCGCAGCGCUCUUCGUUCUCCCAACCAGAUAAUAGGCCUGCAAACUCUUAUGUGGCACCUCAUGUGCCGUCGUUGCCAGGAUGGGCAACUACAUCCUGUGGAGAAUGCACGUGCUUCACUCGACUUGUACCGUUCUGUCGCAACGGAUUGGGAAGGUGCGAUUUCCAAAGGGAACUGGCCUUCUAUGCUUCCUCCUAGCACAUUUUCGAGGUGCUAUCUAUAGCCUGAACAUAGUUAUGUCACUGUCGCUGCACUUGAAAGCGUGACGAUCUUUCACUUAUUAUGUGUAUAUCACUUCGGUUUGUUUUUAAUUUACAUAUCCUUUACUUCGAAGCUUCCCGGUCUAUCUUUGCUCUCCAACCCCAACAUUCUAGUACCUACAUCAUUGGUGGACUCCAGCUCUAUCCACCACCAUGAUGACUGUGUUUCCUUCAUGGUCAGAUAAUUUUAUGUCAUAUAAUAUAUCCCUGGAAAGUCCAAUU